CUGCGUCACCAUUCGCCACCACUCCAGUGCACUGCCCGCGUGCACACUCCUCUCCUCGCCCACGGCGUGCCACUGCCACCCCGCCCAUAAAAAUCCACCGGGAGGCCCGGCCGCGAAACCCCACCCGCGAAUCCAACACGAGAACGCAUCGCGUCGCCCCCCUCGCAUCACAUGCGCGCAUAGGACCCGGCUGCAGGUCGCACUCACCACCAUGCCGCCCCCGCUGCUCGCCUGUCUCCUCCUCGUCCUCCUCGUCUCGCCGGCCGCGGCGCGGCCGUGGUCCGUGGCGGCCGAGGCGCCGAAGCCCGCGGCGAGGCCUCGCGUGUUCCCGCUGCGGGCGCGGCAGGUGCCGGCGGGGGCGCUGCCGCGGCCGCCGAGCAAGCUGCGGUUCCACCACAACGUCAGCCUCACCGUGUCGCUCGCCGUCGGCACGCCGCCGCAGAACGUCACCAUGGUGCUCGACACCGGCAGCGAGCUGUCGUGGCUGCUCUGCGCGCCAGGCCGCCGGGCGAACGCGAGCGCCCCCAGGGGCGCGUCGUUCCGUCCGGGGGCCUCGCGCUCCUUCGCCGCCGUGCCCUGCGGCGCCGCGCAGUGCAGCUCCCGGGACCUGCCGGAGCCGCCGUCCUGCGACGGCGCCUCGCGCCAGUGCCGCGUGUCGCUGUCCUACGCGGACGGGUCCACCUCCGACGGCGCCCUCGCCACCGACGUCUUCGCCGUCGGCGACGCGCCGCCGCUGCGGUCCGCGUUCGGCUGCAUGUCCUCCGCCUACGACUCGUCCCCGGACGGCGUCGCCACGGCCGGGCUGCUGGGCAUGAACCGGGGCACGCUCUCCUUCGUGUCGCAGGCCAGCACGCGGCGCUUCUCGUACUGCAUCUCCGACCGCGACGACGCCGGCGUGCUGCUGCUCGGCCACAGCGACCUCCCCCCGUUCCUGCCGCUCAACUACACGCCCAUGUACCAGCCCACCCUGCCGCUCCCCUACUUCGACCGCGUUGCCUACUCGGUCCAGCUCCUCGGCAUCCGCGUCGGCGGCAAGCCGCUGCCCAUCCCGGCGUCGGUGCUCGCGCCGGACCACACCGGCGCCGGGCAGACGAUGGUGGAUUCCGGCACGCAGUUCACCUUCCUGCUCGGGGACGCCUACUCCGCUCUGAAAGCCGAGUUCUUGAAACAAACCAAGCCCCUCCUCCCGGCGCUCGACGACCCCAGCUUCGCGUUCGAACAAGCGUUCGACACCUGCUUCCGCGUGCCCACGGGCCGCCCGCCGCCGUCGGCGCGGCUCCCUGCGGUGUCCCUGCUGUUCAAGGGCGCGGAGAUGUCGGUGGCGGGGGACAGGCUGCUGUACAAUGUCCCCGGCGAGCGGCGCGGGGGCGACGGCGUGUGGUGCCUCACGUUCGGGAACGCGGACAUGGUGCCCCUGACGGCGUACGUGAUCGGGCACCACCACCAGAUGAACCUGUGGGUGGAGUACGACCUGGAGCGCGGCCGCGUCGGGCUCGCGCCCGUCAAGUGCGACGUCGCCAGUGAGCGGCUCGGCCUGAUGCUGUGACGCGAGCCGUCACCGCUCUGGGGGGGGGGGGGGGGGGGGGGGGGGGGGUUGUGUGGCCUGCCUGGAGGAUCCGCCGCUGGCCCGCUGCCUUGUAGUAUAACCGUAGGCAACCAAACGUUUCAGUUUGGAACUUGUUUGUCUUGAUCGUGCGUGUGUACAGUUUGUAGUGUAAGCUGGAAAUUAAGUGUGCCGCGUAGUGAUGUGUUCACUCUUUGACUGAGCAUGUAGGGUUGUGUACAGUGUACGGUGUGAAGCUUGACUUUCUUUGCUUAUUUUGUUGUUAUUACUAGUGUCUUCUCACUUUUGGUGCUGCAUCUUAGAUGAUACUGCAGCAAUUUGCAGACUACUGAAUUAUUGCUGAUGCAAACAUAAAAGGCUUGGAGUUUGGA